CCAUCACGCCCUUCCCUUCGCCCUUGCCCUGCUGACCGCUGCAGCUCUUGCGACUGGCUCUUGCGACGCUUGCUUGCACUCGUUGCCCCGGACGACAGCUUCUACGCAUACCCCCGCAGCCAAUACCCAUCCACAUGCCCGACGGCACCGACAAGAGCGAGCCGCCCACGCCCUCGGCGUCGUCGUCCGCGUCGGCGACCCCGCGCCAGACGACGCCCGAGACGAGCGGGUUACGACAGCGCUUUGGCCGGCUGGCCGAGGAGGUCGGCAAGAGCAUGGACGACCUUAGUGUGCGCGUGCGCGCUGCUCCCCCGGCACGCCGUACGAUCAGCUCGCUGAAAGCUGGCCACGAGCACGAGAAGCACAAGCGCAAGCCCGCCAAGAAGAAGGGAUGGAAGUGGUCAGGCCGGAGGGUCCUCUUCCCCUUGGCCUUCAUCCUCGGCGGCUUCGCAGUCUGGUCCGUGACCACGACCGACAUGACGCCCGAGUUUGCCGACCUGUGGCCCAUGAUCCAGAACUCGCUCGACCUGCGCGAGCUGCUGGGCAACAUGACGUUUAUCGAGAGUGUCCAGAAGACCAUGUUUGAGAACCGCGACUUUACGAUCGGCGACGACCUUAUCAGCCAGUUUGGCCUCAAGCAGGACCACCCGAUCAUCCUGCUCCCGGGUAUCGUGUCGACCGGCCUCGAGAGCUGGAGCACCGAGCCGGUCGCGCGGCCAUUAUUCCGCAGCCGGCUGUGGGGCACGUCGACUAUGAUUCGGGCGGUGCUCACGGACAAGGACCGCUGGGUCCAAGCCAUCGCUAUCGACCUCGAGACGGGCCUCGAUCCGCCAGGCCACAAAGUCCGUGCCGCGCAGGGCAUUGACGCUGCGUCCGAGUUUAUCCAAGGUUUCUGGAUCUGGCAAAAGGUCGUGCAGAAUCUCGCGACGAUCGGGUACGACACCAACACGAUGGACAUGGCCGCGUACGACUGGCGCCUGUCAUUCUACAACCUCGAGAUUCGCGAUGCCUUCUUAAGCAGGCUCAAGUCGAGGAUUGAGCUGCUGAAGAAGCGUACCGGGAAGAAGGUUGUUUUGACCUCGCAUUCCUUCAAGUGGGUCGAGGCAGAACCUGAUGCGAAUGGCUUUGGCGGUGGUGGAGGCCCUACUUGGGUGGAUGACCACAUCGACUCGUGGAUCAAUGUCGCCGGCACCCUCCUUGGUGUGCCCAAGGCCAUGACAGCGUUCCUUUCCGGCGAGAUGCGCGACACUGUGGAGAUUAACCCCUUCGGCUCGUACGUCCUCGAGCGCUUCUUCUCGCGCAAGGAGCGCGCAAGCCUGUUCCGCAACUGGCCUGGAGCCAGUUCCAUGUGGAUGAAGGGCGGGAACCGCAUCUGGGGCAACGGCAAAGUCGCGCCUGACGACCCGGUCAACGCGACUGACACCUACGGCAACCUGUUCUCGUUCCGCCACAAGGAUGUUGAGCCGGUCGACUCGAAGCUGACCGAAGAGACGGUCUCGCCGAACCUCACCCUCGCCGAGGCCGUUCCCUAUGUCCUCACCCACACCCCUCCAGAGUACCAGAGGAUGUUUGAGAGCAACUACUCUGUCGGGUUCGAAUCCGAUCCGAAGAAGCUCAAGGAGAACGGCGCCCACGACCACACUAAGUGGAGCAACCCUCUGGAGGUGGAGCUGCCAAACGCCCCAGGGAUGAAGAUCUACUGUCUGUACGGCCACGGCAAGGAGACCGAGCGCUCUUACUGGUAUGUCAAGGGAGAGUACGAGCAGGCCGAUGGCCGUGCCGACAUUGUCGGCGAGCAGGGAUUCUGUGAGGCCGACGAUGAAGAUUGCGAGCGAGUACCACUCGACUUCCCAACAAGCCGUGCUCACUGGAUCGACAACGAAGUGACUGUCAAGGGCGCUCUGCCCGAGGUCCGCUCUGGCGUCAAGUUCAGCGAUGGUGAUGGCACCAUUGCGACGGUCAGCUUGGGUGCAAUGUGUGUUAAAGGCUGGAAGGGGAAGACACGUUGGAAUCCCGCUGGAAUCGAGGUUGUUACCCAAGAAUACAAGCAUCAGCCCGAGAGCUUUGACCUUCGCGGUGGGCCGCUAACGGCCGACCAUGUGGAUAUUCUUGGAUCGUCGCCGCUGAAUGCAGCAAUCCUAAAGAUUGCGGCGGGACGAGGUGAUCUCGUGACUGAGCAGAUUGGGUCCAAGAUUGAGGAGUACGUAGAGCGUAUGGAGUGGGACUAGGUGAAGGGUGAGCCGUAGACGUCGUAAUGUGUGCAAUGUAAGGU